AUGGACUGGUCAACGCGGAUACCGCCUUUGUUAGUCGUGCUUUUCGCACUAUGCAGCUUGCUGCUGUUCGGCCAGGCGAAUGGAGCCGAAGAGGGCACCGCAUCUACCACUGAGAUCGAGAAAGCCUUGAACCAGUCACUGCUAUGGGGCCCAUACCGGCCGAACCUCUACUUCGGUGUCCGUCCAAGGAUACCAAAGAGCUUGAUGACAGGCCUGCUGUGGGCUAGGGUAGAAGACUUCACCACUGUACAGCACAACUUCCGACACACAUGCGAGCAGCAUGAGGGCAUGGCCGGCUACGGCUGGGACGAAUACGACGUCCGCACCGGCGGCCGACAGACCAUCCACGAUGCGGGCAACCAGAUCGACCUCGCGACCGAGUUUGUCAAGAUACCAGGCGGGGACCAUGGCGGCAAUUGGGGCGUUAGGAUCAGGGGUAUACCCAGGGAAGAUGCAGCGCCGGACUUGAAGACCACGGUGAUAUUCCAUGCGUCAAUGGAGGGGCUGGGGACGCUUGGGGUUGCGAACGAGGAGCAAGGGACCGGUUUCGAGGGAACUGUGACGCUGCAGGGACAGACGGUUGAGCUUGGGGAGUUCAGGCUGGACAUCACGGAUGGCCCUGAGACCAAUCGGCAUCCGCCAUCCGAACACCCGAGCUCUCUGGAGAAGCCGCUUGACCGGACACUGGUGCACAGCCUGCAACUGCCGGAGGAUGUACUCUGGCAGACAAAACCUAUUCUCUUUGCCGAUCUGAAGCAGGUCAUCGAGGACUAUGUCAAGCAGUAUGGACAGGAAAACAUGCCGCCGCCGUGGCAAACAUACACUAUCAAGCAUGCGGCUGGUGGAGGAAACCUGCACCUGAUUCAGAAGGUCUUCCAGGGCGCUUUCGAGUUUGAUGUGCUUUACUCCUCCGAUUCGUCACCGAAACCUAUGAGCUCAGAGAACCUCUCCGAGGGAGUCAGCGCCGCUACGGCCUCCUUCUCCAAGCGCUUCAGCGACGUCCUCAAGCCCAAAGCACCGUUCACCAAAGGAAGGUACGAGGAGUUCGGCAAGUCUUUGCUUUCGAACCUCAUCGGGGGCAUCGGCUAUUUCCAUGGCGACGCUCUCGUUGACCGCUCGUAUGCCCCGGAAUACGAGGAGGAAAACGAAGGCUUCUGGGAGGAGACCGCCGAGGCUCGAUCGCGGAACCAACAGAAGCUCGAAGGCCCUUCAGAGCUCUUCACUUGCAUUCCAUCCCGACCUUUCUUUCCCAGAGGCUUUUUGUGGGACGAAGGUUUCCACCUCCUGCCAGUUGCCGACUGGGACAUAGACCUGACUCUGGAGAUCAUCAAGAGCUGGUUCAACCUAAUGGAUGAAGACGGCUGGAUAGCGCGCGAGCAGAUCCUCGGCGCCGAAGCCCGCAGCAAGGUGCCACAAGAAUUCCAGGUCCAGUACCCGCACUACGCCAACCCGCCGACCCUCUUCCUUGUUCUCUCCGAGUUCAUCCGCAAACUAGAAACCCAGCCCGCAGCAUCUUCAUCCAAGCGCCAAACCACCCCGACCGAGACCGGCACGACCCUCCUCGCCAAUCGCCCCGCAGCCCUCCAGUACCUCCGCGACCUCUACCCCCUGCUUAAGCGGCACUACUUCUGGUUCCGCAGAACCCAGCGCGGCGACAUCAAGUCCUACGACCGCGAAGCCUUCUCGACAAAGGAAGCAUACCGCUGGCGCGGCCGCACUCCCAGCCAUAUCCUGACCUCCGGGCUAGACGACUACCCGCGCGCGCAGCCGCCGCAUCCGGGCGAGCUGCAUGUUGAUCUUGUCAGCUGGGUGGGCAUGAUGACAAGGUCGCUUGCUGAGAUCGCGGGAGUGCUGGGUGAGGAGGAGGACGAGGCGGAAUUUAGAGGGUAUGAGACGGCUAUUCUGCGGAACAUUGAUGAUCUGCAUUGGAGCGAGGAGGCGAAGACGUACUGCGAUGCGACUAUCGAUGCAUACGAGGAGAGCACGCAUGUCUGCCAUAAGGGGUAUCUGUCUGUCUUCCCCUUCCUGACGGGACUGCUGCCGCCGGAUAGCCCAAGGCUUGGAGCCGUGCUCGAUUUGCUGGCGGAUCCGCAGGAGCUGUGGAGUCCGCAUGGUCUUAGGAGCUUGAGUCAAAGGGACGAGUUCUUUGGGACGGGUGAAAAUUAUUGGAGGGGGCCGGUGUGGGUUAACAUGAAUUAUUUGGCGGUGGAGAGGCUGUUGAACCUUGCGCAAGCAAAAGGCCCGCAUCAGAAGCGAGCGACGAAGCUGUACAUGUCUCUGCGGAAGAAUCUCGUGGAGACGGUGUACAAGUCUUGGGAAGGGACGGGCUUUGCGUGGGAGCAGUAUAACCCUGACACCGGCAAGGGACAGCGCACUCAGCAUUUCACAGGGUGGACUAGCUUGGUGGUGAAGAUCAUGGCGAUGCCCGGUUUGGGGACGGAAGGGGUGAGGGAUGAGUUGUGA